GUCUGCUUCUGCUUUCUAAAUAAACGGGGACCUACUGUUGUUGGCUUUUAAGCCGGAAGAAAGCGGACUUCUGUCUUUGCUGCCUCGUCUGGUAAAAUCACACAGAAAAUAAAGAAAGGACACUUCACGUGUGUUUGUAUAGCUGCCUACAGAAUGAGCGCCCCACAGCCCCGGAGGGUGCGGUUAAAGCCCUGGCUUUUGGCCCAGGUGAGUAGUGGUAGAUACCCCGGUCUGCAGUGGCUCAGCGCGGACCGCCGCCUCUUUCAGAUCCCGUGGAAACACGCGACACGACACCUGCCAACCUCAGAAGAGGAAAACACCAUCUUCAAGGCAUGGGCUCUUGAAACGGGCAAGUACCAGGAAGGUGUGGAUGAGCCUGAUCCUGCAAAGUGGAAAGCAAACCUUCGCUGUGCACUCAACAAGAGCCGAGAGUUUCAGCUGAAAUAUGAUGGAACCAAAGAGACCCCAGUUCAACCGUUCAAAAUCUACGAAGUGUGCGACACCGUGGGUUGUACAGAUGCUUGUGAUGAUGAUGAAGAGGAAGAGAUGCCAAAUUUAAUGGAGCUUAGUAUCAACCCACGGCUCAGUGACACACAGCCCUACAACCCCUUCUCAGCCCGCACUGAAGUCAAUUCCUUCAGCUUAUCGUCCAGUGAGACAUUACCACAAAUUAUACCCAUGCCCCUUCUUCCAGAAACAAUGCACCCCACCCCACCUGUGCCCUGUAGCCUUUCCCAGCAGGACUUCCAGGCCUCUGGUCAUAUGGUGGACCAGAGGCCCUAUGUGGGGCUCCAGGACCUGAACCCCCUGCCUGGUUCUUCAGUGAUGGAAACUAAUGCUGUGGGGACAGUCCACACAGAAAAUGAUUCUCAAACGCAAAACUACAAGUAUGACCUACUCAACAGUGUCCCGUUAACAGACCUGGACUUGAAGUUCCUGUACCGUGGACGCAAUGCAGGCUCACUGACUGUGAGUAACUCUCAGGGCUGUCGUUUGUACUUCGGGCACCUGGAGCCAACCCCAGAUCAGGUGGACCUGUUUGGACCGGUCAAUCUGCAGCAGGUCCUGUUUCCAGGGACUGAACAGAUCCAGAACCAGAAGCAGCGUUUUUACACUGCAGCCCUCCUGGACGUGAUGGACCGCGGCCUUAUACUCGAGAUCUGGCAGCAGGACAUCUAUGCCAUUCGCCUCUGCCAAUGUAAAGUGUUCUGGUCUGGUCCAGGAGUACCUGAACAGGCUGUGCCUAAUCCUAUGGAGCGAGAGAAAAAGAUAAAGGUCUUCAGCCUCAAUGACUUUCUGCAAGGGCUGAUUAUGUUUCAGAAAGGUGAAGCUGAAAAUCCUCCACCAUUUGAGAUCACGUUCUGUUUUGGAGAGGACUGGCCUGACAGGAAACCUAAAGAAAAGAAACUGAUUAUUGUCCAGGUUGUACCUGUCGUGGCUCGCAUUCUGACAGAGAUGUUCUCUGGAGAGCUGAGCUGGUCCACAGACAGCAUAAGACUCCAGAUCUCCAACCCAGAUGUGAAGGACCAAACAGUACAGCAGUUUAAAGAGCUGCAAAGACUUCUCCAAAGCCAGCACAGCCAUGGCCCAUGGACACCGUCUGGCCCAUGA